AUGGAAGCUGAGGCCUUUGAAAGCCUUUGUGAAGGCAAGUACGAUUCCAAUAGCGACGAUUUCGAGGGUUUUGUCGAUGACACUGUCGAUGACGAACUUUGCUAUGCCUCUGAAAACAUACCCAAGUUACAAUUCAGGAAAGACGUGUCAAAGGCAGUGUGGAUAGAAGAAUUGGGAAUGGCUGAGUUGGUAGAGAAAAAGGGUAAAAUGUGGGUCACAACUGGGAUAAUUCGUGAUGGAAAAACAUACUGUACGAUUGAAGAAACAUUGUAUUUGGCAGAAAUUGGUGCAUUAUGUAUUGUCAAUAGUGAAAACGAGCCGAUUACUCUUAGCAGUUAUGUCGUGGGCCGCCAUGCUGUCCCUUGGUCUAUGAAGAGUGUAAAAUCACGAGAAAGUACAAUCGUACUUGACAUCACGAAGAUGUUUGAUAAGUUGCAUUUUGGUGAAGCAAGACCAAUAUUUGAUGUUUAUCCUCCUAAUAGCAAGUUUAGAAAGUCUUCUCCAGGAAAUCCAUCGUUCGUGCUCUGCUUUACAGGGCUCGAUGCUUCUCGCUGCCGAAGAAGCACAACACUGGUUGGAGGGCGCGACGCCCGCUAUACCGUGCCUCCUGUUUCAAAGCUAAAGCUGAGGGGGCGAUGUUGCGACGGCAGAGAUUUCCUCAGCCGUGCUCCCCGUGGUCGCAUUACACCAGGUCGCGACCUCAACGCCGGCGAUUACCCCAAUGGUGGUUCCAGUGCGAAACCAGAUCUUCAAAAGCGGCUCAGAACUUAUUUGCAUCAUGCUCGUAAUGCGAUACUAAAGCUAAAGUUGUACAAGCAGCAGUCCGGGUCGAAACAACAAGAGAAAGGUCGAAGGCUGAAAGUUGGAAAUUUAAUAUGGAGGUCUAAGAUGAGUCCGAGAAUUGAAGCAGUUACGGAGACCGGAAUGUCAUCAGCUGCAGGCCUUAGUAGUAUAAGGUUCUUUUUCGAUGAAACAUUUAGUGGAAUGUGA